UUUUUUUUUUUUAAUAAUAAUGCCUAUUUUAAGCCAUUUAGCAAAUAAAGUCAAGUACAAAGUACGACAUACAGUUCAUACAGUUAUCAAAGGAAAUGAAAAUGAAGAAGACGAAGAAGAAUACUCUUCUGAAGGACAUCGAUAUGAAUCAUUUGCACCUAUUCGACAUGAAGCUAUGGUAAAAUAUUUCAUUGAUGGACAUGAUUAUUGCUGGGCUGUUUCAGAAGCUAUUGAAAAUGCAGAAGAAGUUAUUUUUAUCGAGGAUUGGUGGUUGUCGCCUGAAUUGUAUCUCAGAAGACCACCUGAAAAAUAUCCUGAAUAUAGAAUUGAUGCAUUAUUAAAACGAAAGGCAGAGCAAGGAGUUUUGAUUUAUAUUGUCGUGUACAAGGAAGUUGAAUUAGCAUUAACAUUAAAUAGUGCACACACAAAGAAGGCUUUACAAGAUUUGCAUGAAAAUAUUGUUGUUCAAAGACAUCCUGAUCAUGCAGUUGGAGGAACUUUCUUCUGGUCACAUCAUGAAAAAUUUGUUGUUGUAGAUAACAGAAUUGCAUUUCUUGGCGGUAUUGACUUAUGCUUUGGUCGAUGGGAUACACACUCUCAUCGAUUAGCAGAUUUUACUUAUUCACUAGAUCCUACUUUGGAAAUUUUUCCAGGUCAAGAUUACAGUGAUGCCCGUUUAAGAGAUUUUGAGCAAGUCGCUGAUUGGGAUAUGAGAUUGAUCGAUAAAACAAGUAUACCUCGUAUGCCAUGGCAUGAUAUUUCUCUUUGUGUUCUUGGUGGACCUGUUUUGGAUGUUGCACGUCACUUUUGUGAUAGAUGGAAUUUUAUUAAGCACUCAAAGGCUUUAGAUAAAAAAAGAGCACCUUUCUUAAAGCCUCCAGUAGGUGGUUAUAGCAGUUAUCAAAACUUUAAAAUUUCAAUUGAAAGUAAAAUACUUCGAUCAUAUCAUUUUGAACCUAAUACUGCAGGUGUACAUGGCACAUGUAAUGCACAAAUUGUGCGAAGUAGUGCAGGAUGGAGUUCAGGUAUUAAUUUAGAGCACUCUAUCCAAAAUGCUUACAUUGAUGUUAUCGAUCGAGCUAGAUACUAUGUCUAUAUUGAAAAUCAAUUCUUUAUUACUACAACUGAGAAUGAUCCUUCCUAUAUAUUGAAAAAUCGAAUUGGUGAAGCUAUAGUGAAACGUAUUAUUCGAGCUCAUGAUGAACAGGAGAAGUUUAAAGUAUUUGUAUUAAUCCCAUUAAUGCCUGCCUUCCCUGCUGAGCUUAGUUCUAAAGAUGCUGCUACUGCAAGACUCGUUAUGUACUACCAAUAUAUUUCUAUUUGCAGUGGUGAAAAGAGUAUUUUUGAGCAAUUGAGAAAGGCUAAUAUCAAUCCUGAAGAUUACAUCCGUUUUUAUAGUUUAAGAAGUUAUGAUCGUAUCGAUCGAGCAAAAAUAGAAGAAGCAUUAGCAAUUGAUGCUGGCUUUACACCUCGUCAAGAUUUGGCUGGAGUAAUGCAAAAUGAAGUAGAAUCUACUCAAAUACGCAAUAUUCAGAAAUAUCCUCCACCUGCUGGUUUUGCUAUGCCUGAUGAAAUAGAAAAGCAUCGACAACAAGAGUAUUCUAUGCCUACCCCACCUCCAAAACAAGACACCACUUCUCCUCGAGACCAUGAAGCUGAAAGACGAGAAGUUAGCUCUUAUGUAACAGAAGAAUUAUAUAUACAUGCUAAACUACUUAUUGCUGAUGAUCGAGUAGUUAUUAUGGGUUCAGCUAAUCUUAAUGAUAGAUCACAAUGUGGUGAUCGUGAUUCUGAAAUUGCUAUUGUAAUUGAAGAUAAAGAUAUGAUUCCAUCACGUAUGGAUAAUCAACCUUAUCAAGCAAGUCGAUUCGCGGCUACUUUGCGUCGCCAGUUAUGGAAAGAACAUUUAGGUUUAUUUCAUGAAGAUGAAAUUGAUAUCGUGAAUCCUGCUAUGUUGCCUUUACCUGUUCCGCAAAUAGAUUAUACGAAUACCCCUGAAGAUCAAUGGGUUAUGGAUCCUUUAGAUGAUGAAACACUGGAUAGAUGGAACCGUACAGCUGCAAUAAAUACAGUUGCUUUCCGCGAAGUAUUCCAUUGUGUACCUGAUGAUACAAUUGUAACAUGGAAAGAAUAUCAUGCUUUCUAUCCUGAUCCAGCCAAAAUUGAAUUAGGACAUGUUCAUGAUCCUGACAUGAGUUUAGAAGAAAUUAAAAAACAUUUAAGCAAAAUUCGUGGACAUCUUGUGGAAUUCCCAACUAAGUUUUUAUGUUGUGAAGAUUUACAAAGCGAAUCAAUUCCUGUUGUCGGUUCUACUAUGCAGGAACUAUAUACAUAAAAUACAUGUUAUUUAGCUUUUAAUCGUCUUAAUCAUUUUUUUUUUUUUCGUGGCAGAAGUUAUUAUUUGCUAAUUAUUUACAUGAAAAAAAAAGAACUAUCGGAUUUUCCAUUUGUUGAAAAAGUAGUCAACAUAAUUAAAACUACGACAGCAUUUUAAGUUUUUCUUUUUUUUUUUU